CGCUGUGUAGACAGAUAGACGGACGUACUGAGUGAACUUGGAUCUAUGCGCCAGACAUCAGUGUCAGUGGACAACGAUUAACGCAUUGCCAAGAUUCAGUCACCUCUACCGGCUGUAAUCACUGAAAAUCUAAAUACGCUGUAACUUUAGUAAUUGGAAUAUGAACUCGACGAGUGACAACAAAAUCAACUUAUGUUUUGGAGGCAGUACGUUCCUGGGUGUAUAUCAACUUGGGGUGGCGCACUCUCUCUACAAUAAUGCUCAGGAACUGCUGAAUAAUGUGGAAUUCUACGGCGGGACAUCGAGUGGAUCGAUAGCUGCAGCACUUUUAUUGUUAUGUCCUGAUCGAAUAUCCGAUUACAUGGAAGCCUGUCGCAGCAUAGUCGACGAAAUCCGAUACACUGGCGGCAUCAAAAUGAACGAUCAUCCGACACUCACGGAGCGACUUCGUGAAACACUUGAUAGAAUUCUACCACAGGACAACGGCCCACUUCAAGACAUUGCCACGAACCGUCUAUUCAUUGCUUCCAAUAGGUUCCAGAAACGCUCUUCAAGUUUCCAUCUACCAAUGACGUUGCCAUGGAUGGACCCUCACGAGUGGAUACGACUCGGGACAACCAUGGGAACUACUGCUAUCGACAUGUUUCGUAAUCACUUCAUAGAUACCUCUGAAGACUUCAGUGUCGCCACCAGUAAUUAUGAGUCAAGGAAAAACUUGAUAGAGGUAUUAAGUGGUAGCUGCUACAUACCAAUAUGGGGAGGUCUAAGCCCGCCGCAACACAAUGGAUCGUGCUGGAUGGACACCGGACUUACGAAUAAUAUUCCCACUGAAGACAUAUUUCCCGGGUUCUCUAAAACAAUUACAGUUGCGCCAUUUUUAGGCGACGGAAUAGACAUCGGACCGAAAGUGAAAAAUAUCAGCAACGCGGUUCGAGUAUCAUCUAUCACAACUAGCUACCCCGUGGACUGGACAGCGUGGAAUUUUAUGCCACUCAACGACGCCCUCUUGCCACAAACUUGGAAUAGGCACAUGGAGUAUUUCCGGACCGGGUAUGAGGAUACACUUUUGUAUCUCAAAAAUGGAAAAGUAGUCCGGGACGAGGAACAAGAACUAUGUGUGUGUUCGUGA